AUGGCCCAGUAUCCCGACCCGUGGGCGCCAUGGGUGACGGUGGAUCACGAGUACCUUGGCCCAAAGAGCUUCCAGGCCUCUCGCGGCACAUCUGUCCUGGAGGUGAAGCAGCUGGUGUAUGAGGAGACCGACCUGCCUGUCCCGGAGCAACGGCUGGUCCACAGGGGUAGAGUGGCGGAUGUAGAGAAUGCAGAGUAUGACGCCUGUGUGCAGCUGUAUCUACGGUCAGUAUGUUUCCUGGACUGGCCCUCGCUGCAACGGCUGUGA